CGGAUCUGGAUCGGGACUAAAGUGUUGGUGCAAUUGUCGCAAUUGCCUCACGAAUGUGUUUGUCGUUUAUUUCCACAACUCUGGAAAACCUUGUUCAUUGUUCAUUCUUCGAUGACACACUUCUGAAUGAUGCCCAACGAGUGGUUGUGCACUCCUCGUUAAGGUUGCAUCUAUCAUUGUCGGACAAAAGAAUAAGAAGCAAUCGACACAGGGCGUCUGAUGAAAAAUACUGCCGGCAACCGAGCCUUAUAUUUCAAACGCACCGUUCAUUACAUGAGAACGUAUCUUUUGCGCUCUGGCUAAAACCUCCUGCAAAUCACCUAGAUCUUAAUCGAGGAACACUCCCAUUUAUUUCAAUCGAGCUACCCGAUUUGAGGAUAGAGCAACAUGAGUCUCCCGUUAAGUUAUAUUCACGAAGGAUAAUAUAUACAAAUCUUGCCGUGAAUGGAUCGACGACAAACUAUGUACAAACGAGGUGCCUCAAAAUCAUGAGAAUGAUGGGGAAAGAUGUCCUUCCUGCCGCCGUGGAUACUAGCCAGGGGAAAUAGUCAGGGGCAGGAUUCUCGAGACGUCCGGGCUUGGUGCCGAGAUGGACGGCCGACCGCCAGCAAAGAGGGGCCGAGGUUCUUGUGCGUGGAA